GGCGGCGCCGGGGUUCUGGGGAGAGUGGAGCAGUGUUCCCGGCAGCCCCUGCGGCAGCGCCUGGGCUCCUUCCACGCCGUUGCUACCUCCAGCCGCUGGUGUGGCGGCUACCCGGCCUAGGGACCGAGACGCUAGUUGUCCGCGGUGUGAGUGAAACCCGAGGUGUACCCUGCCGCGAAGAUGGAGGGGCCUUUGUCCGUGUUCGGGGACCGCAGCACUGGGGAGACGAUCCGCUCCCAGAACGUUAUGGCUGCAGCCUCUAUUGCCAAUAUUGUAAAAAGUUCUCUUGGACCAGUUGGCUUGGAUAAAAUGUUGGUGGAUGAUAUUGGUGAUGUAACCAUUACUAAUGAUGGUGCGACCAUCCUGAAGUUACUGGAGGUCGAACAUCCUGCAGCCAAAGUCCUCUGUGAGCUGGCCGAUCUGCAAGACAAGGAAGUGGGAGACGGGACCACCUCCGUGGUCAUUAUCGCGGCGGAGCUGCUGAAAAACGCAGAUGAGCUAGUCAAACAGAAAAUUCACCCCACCUCCGUCAUUAGCGGCUAUCGGCUUGCUUGCAAGGAAGCAGUGCGUUACAUCAGUGAAAACCUAAUUAUUAACACAGAUGAACUGGGAAGAGAUUGCCUGAUUAAUGCUGCUAAGACAUCGAUGUCGUCCAAAAUCAUUGAAAUAAAUGGCGACUUCUUCGCUAACAUGGUGGUAGAUGCUGUGCUCGCUGUGAAGUACACGGAUGUGCGGGGCCAGCCUCGCUAUCCGGUCAACUCCAUCAACAUUCUGAAAGCCCACGGGCGAAGCCAGGUGGAGAGUAUGCUCAUCAGCGGCUACGCGCUCAACUGCGUGGUGGGGUCGCAGGGCAUGCCCAAGAGAAUAGUUAAUGCAAAAAUUGCUUGCCUUGACUUCAGCCUGCAGAAAACAAAAAUGAAGCUUGGUGUACAGGUGGUUAUUACAGACCCUGAAAAACUGGACCAGAUUAGACAGAGAGAAUCAGAUAUCACCAAGGAGCGAAUCCAGAAGAUCCUGGCAGCCGGCGCCAACGUUAUUCUCACCACCGGCGGCAUUGACGAUAUGUGUCUCAAGUACUUUGUGGAGACUGGCUCGAUGGCCGUCAGGAGAGUCUUGAAAAGGGACCUUAAACGCAUUGCCAAAGCUUCUGGAGCCACCAUUCUGUCAACCCUGGCCAACCUGGAAGGGGACGAAACCUUCGAAGCCUCGAUGCUGGGACAGGCCGAAGAGGUGGUGCAGGAGAGAAUCUGCGAUGACGAACUCAUCCUGAUCAAAAACACCAAGGCUCGCACGUCUGCGUCGGUCAUCUUACGCGGGGCGAACGACUUCAUGUGUGACGAGAUGGAGCGCUCCAUGCACGACGCGCUCUGCGUGGUGAAGAGAGUGCUGGAGUCCAAGUCUGUGGUCCCGGGAGGGGGUGCGGUGGAGGCAGCCCUCUCCAUAUACCUUGAGAACUACGCAACCAGCAUGGGGUCUCGGGAACAGCUUGCUAUUGCCGAGUUCGCGCGAUCUCUCCUGGUCAUUCCCAAUACACUGGCAGUGAAUGCCGCCCAGGACUCCACGGAUCUGGUUGCAAAGUUAAGAGCUUUUCAUAAUGAGGCUCAAGUGAACCCAGAACGUAAAAACCUAAAAUGGAUUGGUCUUGAUCUGAUUAACGGCAAACCUCGAGACAACAAACAGGCAGGAGUGUUUGAACCAACUAUCGUUAAAGUGAAGAGUUUGAAAUUUGCAACAGAAGCUGCAAUUACCAUUCUCCGAAUUGAUGAUCUCAUUAAAUUACACCCAGAAAGCAAAGAUGAUAAGCAUGGAGGGUACGAAGAUGCCGUUCAUUCAGGAGACCUUGAUGACUGAUCUGAUUCGCUCUUAUUUAUAACACUCUUGAGGUGUGGCUGUCUUGUGUAUCCCACAUUAAAGUAUGACCAGCUGUCA